CCUGUAAUUCCGCCUUCUAGUAAUCGUCGCCAUUUUAGCCCCACCAUUAUCGUGAGGUAGUGCUGUUUCUGGUAGUUGUGGGAAGGUUUCUGCCAUUUUCGUGCCGACUUUGUCUUACUGCUUAUUUAUUCUUGUUAUGGUCGAGGUUCGGCCAUAAUCGGCUGGUACUCACGUGAAGAAAACGAACCACGUGAACAUUUUAGUUAUCGCACUUCUUAGUAAAAGCCGCCUUGCUGCAGCUAGCCAUAUGCCAGUUGCGUUGGCCAUACGGAACACUUUCUAGAUGAGUCUAGUAGAGCCAGCGACACAGCCGCUCUAAUAAUGUCCUAGUAGGUUCUAUCCUCCAUCAGUCCUCUCCGCUAUUCCUAAUACUUCAAGCGAAGUUACAGAGCAGCUAUGGGCUGCUGCCAGAGCACGGACCAAUUCCUUACCGAGGAUGAAAGGCGUGCGAAAGACGCCAAGUCCGCCGCUACUCCUGCCCGAAACCGCGCUUCUGCAGCAACCACCGGCGAAGCGCCUUCCGCAACCGCAGCCGCUGCUGCCGCCGCUGCGGCAGCAGCGACAGCCGGAGCGCCGAACGGAGCUGCGCGCAAGAAGCCCGAAGGCGGGGAGCAGGCGCAGGAACAGGCGCAGGAGCAAGGGAUCGAGGAUGACGUCACCAGGGAGGCGGCAGCGGAAGUAGGGCCCAAGAGUAGCGAUGUGGGGUUGGCUGCAGUCGUCGGCCUAGCUGCGGAGAGCGACGCUGCAGAGGGACGAAAAAAGGCCGCGAGCGAGGGGUCCAAAAGCGAGGAAGAAGGCUCGAAGAAUGCCGAGGGAGCCAAGGAGGAGGACCAGGGCGUUAAAGACGGCGGCGGCGAGACGGCGAGUGGCACGCCGGGAACACCGGGAACGCCGGGAACCCCUGGAGAAGACUCUUCCCAGCAAUCGAAGAAGUCUCUUGGCAAGGCCAAGAGCACGAAGAAGGGCAGUGGGAAGGAGAAGAAAGCGGGGAAGGAGAAGCCGGCGAAGGACACGGGCAAGGGUAGCAAGGAGAGCAAGGGUAAGGAGAGCAGCAGCAAGCGAGCCGAGGCCGCAAAUGAAGGCGGUGGUAGCGGUGAUUCAGCGGCCGGGGAGGAAGGAUCAGCGGAGGGCGGGAGGGACGCCGGAACGAACCAGGCUCCGGACAAAACCACCUCCGCCUCCGCCUCCGCCUCCGCCUCCGCCGCCGCCUUCCCCGUCGCCGCCUCCGAACCCACGGCUGCCGCCGAGACUGGGUCGGCAGAUGCGGAGGUCACCGGAGCCGCCACGUCAUCAUCACCGGCGUCCCACGCGGGGCUCCACGUGGACACCGCCAUCGCGUCCGUCGUGGAGGAUUUCUUCAGCGACGAUCUGCCCAGCGCCACCGGCGGCGGCGGCGGCGGCUUCGGCAGCUUUAGCGGAAACGCUGCUGCUGACGUAAAGCCCGGGGAAGCGGAGGUGGACACGGGGGAGAAGUCCGCGGAGAGCGGGGAGAAAGGCGCGGCGCAGCAGAAAGGGGGGUUGGCUGAGAAAAUCCGCGCAGGGGGGCGCGGAAUGCUGCGAUCGGCGGAGGACGGGGGGAAGAAGGGGGAGGAGAAGACGGUGGGAACGACGACGGUUGAAGGCGGGGAGGUGGAUGAGGAAAAGGCAGAAAAGAAGGUGCAGAAGAAAAAGGACAAGAAGAAGGGUAGUGCAAGGGCUGCGUACUAUGGGAGUGACGAGGAGGAGGAAGGGGAGGAAGAGGAGGAGGAAGCUGAAGAUGAGGAAGUGAAAGGAAAGGCAGGAGAGGAGGUGGAUAGUUCGGAGGGGGAGGAGAAGGCUGUGGGGGAUGAGGAGGAUGAGGAGACAGAUGAGAAGGAGGAAGAGGAGAGGAGCAAUGGAAGGGGGAUAGCGAGGGAGGAGGCAGAUGAGGAAGAGGAGCGAAAGACGAGAGCGCAGAUGCGAAAGGAGGAGGAAAGGGAAGAUGAGGAAGAGGAGGAGGAGGGAAGUAACUUGGAGCUGUUGCCGAGCGGGCAGAGAGCAGCAGCAGCCGCGGCGGCAGCAGCAGGAGUGGCAGGCGCGGCACGGAGGGGAGCAAAAGCCGGAGGGCGAAUGAUGAUGGGCGAAUCCGAGGCAGCAUCCGCAGCCGUGCUGGGCACGGAAACCGGUCAACACAUGGAAGGGCGGGGGGGACGAGGUGGAGGCGGCGCUGCUCGCGGUGACCCCCUCUACGCGGGAGGAGCUGGCCGCCAUGAGCCGCCUCGCGCCCGCGCUCGCCGCGGAAGCCUCCAAGCUCAUGCACAUGGGGGAGGCCAUCUCCGCCACCAUGCAGGCGCGCGGAAGGGCGCGCGAGCCGCUGCAGGACGGGGACGUGCUCGCGAGCCGCGAGCUCGCGGUGGCGGCGGCGGCGUUUGUGGAGCGCGCGAGCAGGGCGGGGUCGGGGGACGGGGCCGGGCUGGGGGGGUACGCGGUGGUGGAUACGGUGGUGAUGGGGGUCGUGGCGGGGCUGGCGGAGCAGGCGGCGGCGUACGCGCUGGCCGUUCUCAUGGUGCACGCGGGCGCGCGCAAGGUGCAGGAGGGCGCGGACGUGGUGAUCAUGGCGGAAAGCACAGUGGAUCUUGCCACCGCCGUGGUGCGGAUCUUCGAAGCCAUGGCGCCUGGGGGAGGCGGGGGACCGGGAGGCGGGUCCGCGGCGGGAGGGGGAGGCGGCGGAGGGGGGUGGGCGCGGGAGCGGGGGGCGGGGGCGGCGGCGGGGGAGGGGCAGGCGGAGCGGGGCGGGGGUUUGGCCCAGCGCCGGCAGCGAAACUAGCAGAGCUGGCGAUGGGGCAUUCCCGUGCACUGCAUGCCAACAUGCUGAAGCAGGCGUAUUUAAAGGCGGCGGCGCUGGGCAAGCAGUUGGACACGGACGUUCUGGAGUUCGGCCCGCGCACCAUCCACUUCUUCUCAUCGCACUUCCGCCUGGCCAAGGACGCCACGGACAUGGCGGCUGCUGCUGCUGCCAGCCUGGCUGCUCAGGCCAGCGCUGCUGCUGGAGGCACAGGGGGAGGAGGCGGAGACGGAGGAGGAGCGGGAGGUGGUGGUACGGCGGCUGCUUCGUCCGGCGGCGUUACAGCAGCGGACGUUGCCGAGAUGGAGGAGAUCAAGCGGCGGUCGCAGGCGCACGCAGACCGCGUGUGCGAGACAGCCGGGGAGGUGGACAACGGGAUUCUCCUGGAAGGCGCCGAGCUCGCCACCAUAGUCGCAGCUCUCUCCCGGCGCCAGCAGGAGGAGCAGGUGUGUGGGAAGAAAGGCCCUGUGGCCAGCGCGGUCGGGGAGGGCGCUGCAAGGCUCAUCCGCAACUCUGCGGUGAUGCUCGCGUCGCUGGCGGACCGGCUGCAGAGGGGCGGCGGCGGGGUGAACAGGGGGAUUGUGGCAGAGGCGGCGUGUGUGCGUGCGCUGGCGUGUGCCUACACCAAGCUGCUGAUCCUCGUGGUGAGAAGCAGCGCUGCUGUCGGCGGCGCAAGAGGGGAAGGUGGCGGAGACGGAGCUGGAGGCGGGGGAGGGGGAGGAGGAGGUGGGGGAGGGGCAGCGCCGCCCCUGAGUUGGCGGAGCUUUCCCGGACUGAUCAUGGAUCCGUCAGCUGUGGCCGCGUACGCCAAGCUGAGCGGUAUCGCGGCUGCCUUCUCCGCUAAAGUCGCUGCUGCAGGCGCUGCAGGCGGGCUGGAUGGGCUAGGAGGAGGCGGAGGAGGCGGGGGAGGCGGGAAAAAUGCUGCAGCUGGUAAGGUGACGGAGGGUCUGGUGUGCGACGCUGCGGUGCUGGUGAUGACGGCGUGCAGCAACGCCAAGCUGUCCCUGUCCGCGGACGGUGGUGCGGCUGGCGGCGGGGGCGGGCUGGGCAUGGGGGGAGGAGCGGGGGUGGCGGGUGCGUUCCCUGUGGAAGUGGUGGAUGAAGGGGCAGAGCUGGCUACUAAAGCCAAGGCGUAUGUUGCUAGUCUACAGCAGAGACUCAGGGCAGCAGCAGGAGGGGGUGGUGGGAGUGGGGAGAACAGGGAGGGAGUGUGGGACGCCAAGCUGGUGACCGAGUGCCUGCGUGUGUCCGUCCUAGCAGGAGCACACGCACGGCAAGUUGUAGAACGAGCUCGGCAAAUCAUGGCUUCCGGCGCCGGCCCUUCCUCCUCUGUUGCUGCCUCUGCCGCCUCACUCCGAGUGGCACAGCUGGCGGAGCGGGCGGCGCUGCACGGGCGCAUGGUGCUGCACAAGUGGACAGAGGACGCAGCAGUAGACAGCAAAGCCGAAGAGAGUGCGCGGGCGCUGGCCGCACUAGCGGACGCACACCUCUCGGCGCUCCAGUCCUCGGCAGGAGAGCAGCCGGAAGUUCCCUUCUUCCUCGCUGUCCGCUCUGUCGCUCUAGCAGAAGAGGUCUCUGUGCUGGUCCAGUCCCUGGCGCAGUGGCGUGUGAACGGGACGAGCAUCGGGCUGUCUCUCGUCAACGGAGUGGUUCGUGUUGUCGGGUCCGUUGCCCAACACGUGAUCGAUCUACAAUCCGCCAACGCCACUGUGCGCUCUCUCGUCGGCUGGGACGCUGCAGUGGUGGCAGAAGAAGCCGGCAAGCUGGCCUGGCAGCUGGCCACGCAGGCAGCAGCGGGGGACCCGGUGUCAGAAACCCUUCUAGUGGAUGCAGCAGGGUUGCUGUACCGUACGGUGACGUACGCGCGGUCGGUGCAGUCCAUGGCGCAGCAGGGGAAUUACUCCGACCCGUGCUUGGUGCUGGAGGCGGUGGAGUGCGCGGAUCAGGCGCAGCACAGCGCAGCAGCCGUCGCAUGGGCGCAUGACCGAAACGUAGCCGUGAAUACGGAUCUCACCGCUUCGGCGUCGCGUCUUUCCGCGGCGCUGGUUACCCACGCGUCCCGGCUGCGGCACGAGGCGGCGUCUGUCGGCCCGUUUGCAGUUGUAGCAGCAGACGCAGUAGCCGGGGAUGUAGCAGCAUUGGAGAUGAACCUGCGCGCUCGGCUGGCGGAACGUGGCAAGACGGACAAGGCUCUGGCUGUAGCAGCAGCGCGCGUGGCGUCCCGAGUGGGCUCCCAUGUGCAAGUGCUGGGGGCGGGGGUCCCGGGGGCGGAUCCGGCCCUGGCGGCAGCGGCAGUGGCGCUGGCGAGUCAAGUGGCGAAGCACCUGCAAGUGCUGGCGAGUAAAGCGGCUGCUGAUGGGAUGGUAGAUGAGGAGGUGGAGAACGCGGCCUCGCAUCUGAAUACUCUAGCUGGGGGGCAUAGGGUUGCGCUGCAGGCUGAGAGCUGGUUCGCGGGACAGGCGGAGGAAGGGAGGGAGGAGGAGGAGGGGGGGGGGGGAGAGAGGGAGGGGGAGGAAGGUGGAGUGGAUGUGGCAGCAGGGGGCGCUGUGGCGGCCCUUCUGGCUGCUAUUACAAAAGGUCCCACAGCCGACGGCAAGAGCAACGGUACCACCACCUCUGCUGCUGUAACCAACGGAGUCCUUGCCAUAACCCGAAUGACCUCGUCGGUGCGAGUGGCCAAGCUAGCAGAAGCCGCUGGGCAGCACGCGCAGGAGCUCUGGGACAAGUGCACCAGCAGCACAGCAGUCGACAGCGACGUCCUCGCAGGGGGCGCGAGCCUCCUCGUCCUAGCAGCCGGCCACGCGCACGCACUCCAAGUCCAGGCCACUAGGUGCGGCUGGGCGGAUCCUGCAUCCGUCGCCGAAGCGCGGGAGCUGGGCGAGCUGCUAGUGGUGCACGUGCGCGCGCUGGCCGCGCGGAAAACCGAGGGGAUAGGGGUGGAUGCGGCGGUGCUGGCGGAAGCAGUGCGGUUCCAAGAGGCGUCGGUGGGGUUUGGAUCGGUGGGGGACGCGGUGGGGCUGGCGAAGCAGAUCGCGGGGCACCUGCAGAUGCUGGCGGGGAAGGCGGCAGUCGGGGCGACUGCGGACGCGACGCUGGUGGGGAAUGUGGAGAUGUAUGCGGGGUUGGUAGAGGGGCACGUGCGGAGCCUGCUGGGUAGAUGCAGGAAGGCGUGGGGCAUGGGCCCGGCUGCUCUGGCAGCAGCAGGCGGAGCAGGAGCAGGAGGAGGGGUGGCAGGUGUGAUGGACGAUCCGGGGUUGGCGCUGGUGUCGGUGCAAGUGGCGGCGCAUGCGGCGUUCUACGGCAGCCUGCUGCAAUUCCAAGCAGCAGCCAAGGCCAAGGUCAGCCGCGAGGUCCUCGCAGUAGCACAGGCUUUGUUAGAAGCCGUCACGGCUCUCCGCCAGGGGCUGGUCCCUCGUGUGGAGUCCGGAAGCGUGUUUGACGACGACUGCGUCACUCGCGCAGAGGAGCUCGAAGCCCAGGCGAAGAUGCAUGCACCGGCUGCUGCUGCUGGCGCUGGUGCUGGUGGGCGUGGUGCUGGUGGCGGGGUGGGAGGAGCGCUGCUAGCGCUGGGGAGAGAGGCGACUGUGAAGGUGGCCGCGGACGGGGCUCGCCUCGGGGCGAAGGCAGCGUCGCUGGCGUCUCGGCUGGUCACGAGAACGAUUGCCACUGCGGCGUUUCCUGCUGACGCGGGAGUGGAGGCGCAGCGGGUGGCUGAGCUGGCGCUGAGUCAGGCGGAUCUGCUAAAAUCGGUGGCCAGGAACAACGCGCAGAUCGAUGCAUCGACGGCUGUGGCGGCGUUUCGGGUGGCGGUGCAGGCGUUCCGGCUAGGGAAGCGGAUGCGAGAGCACGGGGGGGAGGAGAGGACGGUUGUGUUCAAAGGAGAGAUGGUAGCGGAAGGGCUACAGGUCGCUGAAGAGGUGCUGAAGCUGGCCGGCGAUCUUUCAAUCCUGGCCAUUGAUCAUCCGGAUCUCGCGUCCACGCACGUCGUCACCUAUGCGAACGUCACCGCCCGUGUGGCAGGGCAUGCUCGUAUCGUUGACGGGCAGAGGUCUGCCGCUGCUGCUGCAGCAGCAACUGCAGCAUCAGCAGCAGCCGUGCAGAACCCCCAGUCCGCAGUCCCUGGCAUGGGGGUUCUCUCCCCUGUCGGGCCACCGAGCAUGUCUGGAAUCCCCCCUGCUUCGCCUAGAGGGGGUAGGCUGUUUGGAGAGCGGGGCAGUCUCAGCAGUGUCGCUGCUGCAGCAGCAGCCGCAGCUGGUGCUGGCGCGGCCGCAGCAGCAGCAGCAGGGUCAGCAGCCACAGCAGCAGCAGCGUCAGCAGCGGCAGCAGCAGGCGUGCAUGCGGAGCUCUCGUGUUCCGUUGCCCGUCUGCUAGUAGACGCAUCGGUGGAGCUAGCAGCGGCUGUAGCAGGGAAGGAAGCCAAGGGGGCUGUGGACGCUCCGGCUGUAGCGAGAGCAGCGCACCUGGCGGCACGAGCAGCAGACCAUGUGCUAGCACUAGUGAGCUGGGCUGCCCCAGCAGGGGAGGUUCCCCCCGACCUUAUCGCCCGUGCUUCAGUCCUGCUAGAGGUCGCCGCGGCACACACGCAGUCUCUAGCUGAGAAGGCAGUGGCCGGAACCAGGGUGGACGCCUCGUGUGUGACGACCGGCGCGUUGCUCACAGCGGACUCUGCUACUCAUGUGGACGCGCUGCGAUCCGCGCCCCGUGUACUGCCAGCUGAGGUGUUCUCCGAUGUGGAUGCGCUGGCCGAGGCCGCCAACAUGCACGUGGAUAUCCUUGCAUCUAAAGCCGCGUCCGGCAUGGGCAGCAUCGACUCUAUCACGGUCGUGGCAUCUGCUGCGCUGGUCGCCUCUGCCGCAGUCCACACCUCCAAGCUGCAAACCCUCGCUGUGGCAGCCGUGGCAGCCACCGCUGCCACCCCGAUCCCGGCCGCGCUGCUCGAAUCUGCGGAGAAUCUUGUCGAGGACGUGGAGGUGCAUGUGGAGUCUCUCACGUCCCUCGCAGCAGCGCCGGCUGCAGCAGCUGGUGGGGAUGCAGGGGAGGAGGGAGCAGGAGCAGCGUCGCCAAUAGCUGACUCUGAGACAGCAGCGGAGGCGUCGAGUCUUGCGUGUGUGGUCAUGGGGCACGCCAGGCAGCUGUACCUGGCGCUGCCGCAGCUGGGCUUGCCUGCUGUGUGUGCGGGGGUUGCGCUGGCUAGAGAUGCGGCUGCUCACGCGGAGGUGAUUGCGAGGAAAGUGGCGGACGGGGAGGCGGUGACGGCAGCAGCGGUACGGUCGGCGGUGCGGCUCCAGGCGGGGAUGAAGCAUCAUCUGAAGAUGUUGCGGGAGAGGCGCGAGGCUGCUGCUGCUGUCGGUGCUGGCGCUGCCGCUGCUGCUGCUGCUGCAGGUGGAGGGAGGAGGAACAGGGAUGCUUAUCUUGAAAAUGACGAGGGUGAUGAUGAUAAUGAUGAUGACGAUGAGGAUGAUGAUCUGUCGGGUAGGAAGAAGGCACAGAAGCAGCAGCAGAAGAAGAAGGCGGCUGGUGCUGCAGGGCAGUCUCAAGCAGCAGCAGCAGCGGCAGUGAUGAGUGGAGCAGUGCUAGCCGGGCUUGUGCUGUCGCACGCGCUGUUGACAGAAGCCAAGGCGGCAGCAGGCGAGCGCAUGGACACAAACAUGUUGCUGCGAAUCACCACCAGCCUCUCUGACGCCUCCUCAGCCCAUCUCCAGGCUCUGGCACUCGCCACAGCUGCAUCAGGCGCAGGCCUUUUCAAGACCAUGACAGGUGGCGGCUCGCAGUUGGCCAAGAAGAUCUCCACCCAUGUGGAUGCCCUGCGAGGGAGAGCCUCGGCUGGCGGGCGCAUCGACUCUGGGCUGACAGCCGUCGCCCUGCGAUUGGCCGUUGACGCGGUGGCGCAUGCUGCAAGCCUUGAGGGGACUGUCUUUCAGGGUGGUUUGGUGGAUGGGGGAGGUGGGGCUGGGGCGGGUGGGAGUGCAAGGAACUUUGUGUCUGCUCAGUCACUCAAGGAGGCGAGGUUGAAGGGUGCUGGGGCAACUGGUGCUGGUGGUGCUGGUGGGAAGGGCACUGGGGCAGGUAGUGGGUUCAAGGUGGAUGGUUUGCAGGCGCACGUGAAGAUGGUGGAAUCUCGUGUGUCAGAUGCCAUGCCCGUGGACUUGAGGCUGCUUUCAAGUGGCACUUCGCUGCUUGCGUCGCUGCUUUCCCACUCGCGCCAGCUUACGGUGCAUUGCGCCUUGAUUAUGGGAAGCAACGGAGGGAACAGUCGUGGAUCUCUUGCAGGCGUCGGCGGAUUGUGAUAUUGGUCACUGCCAGCUUCACGUAGCUUGCACUAGGUGAUGGAGUUCUGCUUCCAUUCGUGAUAAGUGGCUAACAUUAUAGUAUUUUAGGCGACAGGGUGGGUGUUAGGAGUGAAUGGGGCGAGGCUUUGCUUACAUCAAUGCCUUAGUAUUAGAAAUAUUGGAAGAAGU